AUGGAAGUGCCAGCCGAUUCCUCGUCUUGCCUUCAAGUCAAGAGAGUACAUUCUCUCAGCGUUCUGAAGAACAAGGUCAGUUGCUUUUUUUUGACAAUAUAUUGGGCUAAUGCACUCUCUCGAGACUCCGCAAGAGUAGCAGGACUUGACAGCGAGGUGCGCGUUCGUCGUGACUGUGAGCUACGCGAAGGUGGUAUGCCAUCAGUUUUGGGUACGCUGGAUGAAAGUAUGGCGGAGGACGCUUUCGGUUUGGGGGUAGACGGUUAUUCGGAAGGAGCCAGCAUGUUCACGGCGGAUGUCACAAGGCUGGGGCGCCCCCUGAGGAGGAGGGCGGCGGGCGGCGAUGCGGGGCGCGCGGGAGAAGGCGCGGGCGCGGCGGGGGGGCUGGGGCGCGGCGGGGAGGCGCGGGGCGGCGCGGCGGAGGCGGCAGAGACGGCGGAGGCAUUGGACUUCCAACCGCCGCCGUCGAAACUGUUUGCGGGACGGGUGGAACGGCCCAUCUCGAACGACUCAAUCGUGACGGAGGCGGCGGAGACGCUGUCGACGCACUUCGACAUGUCUGCGUCGACGUCGAGCUCGUCACGGGGGUCGUCGGUGGUAAUCGAGAAGAGCCAGGCGCACGAGGCGGCGGAGGAGAGCGCCACCGGCGCGCCGUGCAAAAAAUACCUGUUUGCGAGCAGCCGGGACCGCCUGCAGCUCUCGCUGGGCGGGAUGGAGGCGUCAUUGUCGAGCCUGCACAUCCCGGCGGCGGGCGCGGACGCGGGGGGCGCGGUGCACUCUGUGGCAUCCUUCUCGCGGACUGCGCCGGCGCUGGUGACUACAAGUAAGGCAUUGACACCGUCACAGCGGUACCGGCUGCGGCGGGAGCAGAACAAGGUUGCUCUGCAGAAUAGUAUCAAGCAGCGCGAGGUCUUCUACGAGGAGCAGGAGCGGGGUUCGCGGGGCCGAUCUGCAUCCCUGAAGGGCGUGCUGGGGUUGCCGCACGCGGUGGACGAGCUGAGCGAGGAUAUCAGUGAUUAUUUGGGCUGGGACGUGCCGGUUGUGUCCCCUACGACAGGACCCUUUCUGGCUGCCGCCGAGCGUUCCGAGAAGCACACGGAUCGCAGGCCGGGUGUGGCCCGGUCUCGAAGCUCCACGUACGUGGACCACACCAUGCCGCCGUCGCCCAUCCCCGGAAUACAGAAGACUUCGGAUCUCGAGUUCUUCACAGAGACGUCCAAGAAGCUGUCCUGUGUAUACCUGGACACGUCGAAGGAGACGUCCAAGUCGAAGCUCUACGAAAGGAGUCAGUCCGCAGAACUGCUGCCAAUUGAAUUCAAGGCGGCUAGCGACGAGGGAAUGGAGGACCUAAAACUCGUCUCCAGUGGCAAGAUGGCGGUCUGCUCCAAUUCGAGGCCCUCGUGGCUCCCUCCCAAGGACACCGAAGAACGUGCCCGGCACGAAAGACAGAUCCGCCAAACCAUUGACAUUGCAUCCCUCUCGCAGAUUGACAGAACAAAGGAACGCGCGGAGCGCGACACCCGGGAUGAAAAGAACAGGAAGCGGCUCGCCCAGCUGGUCGAACGCGGUCUGGUUAGAAAGUCAACGCUGACCGAGCUAAAAAAGAUAUGCUGGGAGACAAGCCUGCCUCCGGAUUCCCGGUUCCAGAUCUACACCACGCUGCUGCAAAGCGACACCGCCAAGCUAAUCGAGGAACAGUACAUCGACAACUUCGACCAGGUCGAUGCGCUCUUCCGAUCCAUGCAGUUCCCCAACGCAAAAUUGGCCGAAAUCCAGGCGAUGCUGGCGUGCACGCCGUGCACCGCAAACGUCGCCCCAGCCGACGACCUUAUCUACCUGCUGCAGCUGAAAGCAAUCUCCCGCCAGGGACUCCUGCUCGGGGAUCCGCUGCUCGUGCACCACCUGCUGCAGGUAGGUUGCUACUCCACGCGCGAGAUAUGGGUCCUGGUCAACAUCCUACAGCUGACCUGCUUUAACGAGACAACCAAGGACAAGUACGACCGCCGCAUCAUCAGUUCGCGCGGAACGGUUUCGACGGCCCUGUCUGCAGAUAAGACCUUCGCUCAGGAGUUUAACUCCAAAUGUCUCAACUUUACGACCUGGUGGCACCUCAUGGCCCGCCUAGACCACGCUGUUUUCAUGUGGUGUCUAGACAUUAUCGUGGCCGAGAACUCACAACCCUUCAAAAGCAACCCCAUCAUCCGCGAUAAGCUCAACGGCAAGGACUGGGACUACUACCGUGAUCUACACGUUGUUGUCAACUAUAGGAUUAUCUGCGCCCUGACUCUUACAGUGCUUCUCAGCUAUCAUUUUGGCUUCAAUAAUCUCUACGACCUCUCUUUUGUCGACCCAGCCUUCCAGAUAAUAGGGCCCGAACAAGGCGACUUGGGGGACGUGCAUGCAACCUUUAUCAAGAAAUGGCAUCACAACUAUAAAAAGUUCUAG